AUGCAGGCGGUGGAGACUGAGGCAGAGGCUUCAGCCUUACAGGUCCUGGCCAAGCUGGCAAACAUCCUGGAGCCCACAGGCCUGCAGGAGGAGGCAGGGCUGCCCGGACAGAUCCUGGCCGAGUUCGUGAUGGAUUCUCGAAAGAAAGACAAACUGCUCUGCAGCCAGCUUCAGGUAGUAGACUUCCUGCAGAACUUUUUGGCUCAGGAGGACACUGUCCAGGGCCUGGACCCCUUGGCUUCUGAAGACACGAGUCGACAGAAAGCAAUUGCAGCCAAGGAGCAAUGGAAAGAGCUGAAGGCUACCUACCAAGGACAUGUGGAGGCCAUCAUGGGAGCCCUGACCCAGGCCCUACCCAAGAUGGAGGAGGCUCAAAGGAAGCAAGCAGAGCUGCAGGAGGCCCUUGACCAGCUCCAGGCCAAGAAGCAAGUGGCCAUGGAGAAACUCAAAACAGCGCAGAAGCAGUGGCAGCUGCAACAGGAGAAGCGUCUACAGCAUUUGGCAGAAGUUUCUGCAGAGGUGAGGGCGCGUAAGACAGGAAUUCAGCAGGAGCUUGAGCGACUGUAUCAGGAACUUGGAACCCUGAAGCAGCAAGCAGAGCAGGAGCGGGACAAGCUGAAGAGGCACCAGACCUUCCUGCAACUGCUAUACACCUUGCAGGGUAAGCUGCAAUUCCCAGAGGCAGAGGCAGAGCUCCCACAACAUUCAGAUCUUCCUGAGGAUAAGCCCCAGCAGCUGACCCAGCCCCAGGAGCAGAACCAUGGAGAUACCUUGGGAAGAGACGCGGGUGCAUCCUCCAAGGUGAAUGAGAAAUGGGACAGAUGGGCAGGAAGGUAG